GCAGCAAUCUGGUGCUCUAUUCUUCCUGAAACUGCACAUUCUCAUUAUCUAUUUAAGUUCGUUAAACAUGGCAUCGGGCAAAACGAAAACCAUCGAUGAAAUCAACGAUCUGUUAUCUAUGUUUCAAGCCUUGACAGCGCUCGGAAUUUCGUGCGAAGGGUUGACGACGCUGGAACAAAUGAAAAGUCGGGUGAAGGUAGAAUUAAAUCAGUCUUCAAACGUUCCUAACUGGGCUGCCGGUCAGGCCUGUUCUGUUCUGUCAGAAGCAAGGGAGGAAGAUACCAGGAAAAAAACAGCUCUUUUGCAGUUUUUCUCCCAAGCAGAAACGUGUUUUGGUCAUCUGGAUGACAUAAUGUUAAAUUUGGUGUCGAUGAAUAUGGGAGACGUGAACGAGAGAAUGAGAAGUCACAGGGAGCGCAUGAAGCAGAGAGAAUAUUUCCUUUUAGUGGCAGGUGAAACAGGCGCAGGAAAAAGUAGUUUGGUGAACCUCAUUCUUGGCGAAGAACUUCUUCCUUACUCCAUACUAAGUACAACCUCCACUAUCUGUGAAAUGAGGUACGGAAAAGAACGCAGAGUUGUGAUCCACUUCAAGGACAAAGACCCUGAAACGGGAUCGCCCACGAAAAUAUUCACCCUCGCAGAACCCCCAGAGGGAGCAACUGAACAAAACUAUCUUCAGCAGAUCUCUCCUUAUGUCCAUUUGAAGAGCGACCGCGAAAAAGGUUCAAUUUACAAGAAGGUUGAACUCCAUUGGCCUCACCAACUGUUGAAGAAUGGUAUCGUCAUCAUUGACAGUCCUGGUGUUGGCGAAUCUGAUAUCAUGGACGAAAUAGUGACGGAGUAUUUGCCGAGAGCCUUUGCCUUCAUCUACGUUCUCAACAGUGCAAACGCUGGCGGAGUUCAGAAGGACAGGCUGGAAAAGUUGGUAACAAAAGUUGUUGGAAAACAGAAAGAGGGGCAAGAGGAGUUUCCACCCAAGUGUGCGUUAUUCGUGUGUAAUAAGUGGGACCAAGUUCCAAAAGGAGAAAUCAACGAAGUGAAGAGCCACGUUGUCAAAAAAUUGAAGAAAUGCUGGCCUGGUCUUGAUCCAGAGUCGCAAAUCGUCUAUAUGUCAACUAUGAUGGCCAACACUGCUCAGAGACAUGGAAUCAUCACCGAAGAUUUUUCCUCUCUGAUGAAUGGGGUCAAGGCUAUGGUAUCCAGAACCAUAGAGGCAAGACUUGAAAUUAAUUGGAGGUGGUUAGACGAUCUGCUUUCCCGAAUAACAUAUCAUACAACCGCUUAUGUGAAGAACGCAUCAAGAGACCACGUAAAAAGCGAAGCAUUGAUGGCCUUGAUUCUUCUCCGGUUAAUGCUGAUCAAACAACAACAGAAUGAAGUGAUGGAAGAUCUUCGCAGCCAUUUGAAAGAUCGCAUCGACAAAGCUGUGCAGAAGCUCUCUGAUUACCUCCGGUCCGAUGGAGUAAAAUCGUGUUUCACCUCGUGGACGUUGGAUGAAGUUCCAAAAGCAGAAACCUCCUGGGAAGUGACGAAGAACAGCAUCACUAAGGUGUUGGAAAGGCGCCUACAAAAUAUCAUAGAGAACUGGGAAGAGGACAACCACGUGUUCGCAAAUACUCGAGAAUCACUUUUGGAGCACUUUCAGAAGAAAUACAACUUUAUUUCGGGGGAACUCCGAAAUCUACAAAGCGCUGUCACAUCUGACGAGGUUAUGCUGGAAAGUGAUGCACCUGACGAAGAAAGUUUCUUUUCCCUCGGGGAAAAGGUUGCCAUUGGUGUUACAAGCCCACUGUGGGUCCCACUUGGUCUCGUUGCCUUCGUGAUCGGUGCCCCAGUAGUUGGCGUAAUGGUCAUCAAGAGCAAGUUGGAGAAUAAAAGCAAAAUCAAGAAGUACGAAAAAGACAAGUGCACUUUUAUGGCUGGAGCGUCUGCAGACUACCUGGACGAGGUGAUAAAAGAAUCCAUCCUCAAGUCCUUCGUGAAACACCAAUUGAAUGCUGCUAAACUUUGUCUGAAGCAGAUUGAAGCCCGCAUUCCAGAGCUUAUUCAAGCUGACAUAGUGGCCUGCAAACAGCUCAAGGAUGAAACACGUUCGAAGAAGGACAUAAUAGCACUCUACAAGCCAAUCCUGGAUGAGGCUGUGGAGAUCAGAGGUCGUCUUGCCGUUUUUGGGCUCAGAGAGGUCCGUGCCGUUGACGUCAGCAGCAAGGAAUUGGACUGGAAAGAGGACGAUCUUCUUGGCAGCGGAGCGUUUGCCUCUGUUUACCGAGGAAAGAUGAACACCGAAAACGGAGAGGAGCGAACUGUGGCAUUGAAAGUUUGUCAUGAAUGGCUUCAUCCCGGAAAUGCAAGCCUUAUCCUGAAUGAAAUUGAUUUUCUAAAAAAACUGCAGCAUCCCUACAUUGUGACGUUUUAUGGCAUGUCGUUGCUUGACAUCAAAGGCAAAUUGAAGGUCAUAAUGGUCAUGGAGCACUGCAAAGGAAACUUAAAGAAUCACAUCUUCAGAAAUAUCAACUUGGCCCCUGCAAAUUCCAAAAAUGUCGCUACCAUAAGAGAAGGAUGUCGGUGGGUGAGGGAUAUUUCCGCUGCUCUCGCCUUUAUUCAUCAACACGGAGUUGUUCACAGGGACCUUAAGUUGGAGAAUAUUUUGCUAUCAGAAACGAAUUCAGCGAAGAUUACCGACGUCGGCGUCUCUAAAGGGGCAGACGACAUCACAGGUACUAUAGCGGGAACCCCACUCUACAUGGCACCAGAAGUGUUUCAUUCUCAGCUGUACGACAAUAAAGCAGAUAUAUACAGCCUGGGGAUACUUAUGUGGGAAAUAUGGUAUAGGCGGCAGGUCUUCUGCGAGGUUGAAGUCAGGCCACCAACCAUAGACGCCUUCUUCGCCUGGGUGGAUAAAGGCAAUCGUCCACAACACUUGGAAGGAUGCUCUAAACCCCCAGGCGGCUGGCAAUACAUGAUGAAAAGUUGCUGGGAAACAGACCCAAAUAAACGCCCCACUGCUGAGUGGUGCAAUAAAGAGGCCAAUAAUCUUUGUAAAAUGUCCGUAAAAGAACUUUAGGUUUGAAACUAUUUUAUACUCAGAUUGUUAGUCUCAGUCUUCUACUCUGCUCAUCUUAAGUAAUAAUGUGCAAUAAUGUGCAAUAAUAUCUAAAGUCUCACCCAGAAAUCAAGAACAAAAAAAGUCCACUUUAUUGGUAGGCUAGGAGGAUAUGAAGCUAAAUAUGGUUCUACAGAAGGAGGUCAUCCAGUUUAUCCUGGAAUUGUCUAAUUUUGUUUUGUUUUUCUUUUUAUGAGAGGAAUACCAGGAAAAAUACAUUAGGGAAGGGAAAGAGUAUUCUUCUGCACCAACUCCCUUCGCUUACAAGCGGCAGCCAUUUUGAGACAAAAAUAUCUGUCAGAGUUGACUUUGUCUUUUCUAUUGGAGUAAGCUAUAAACUAAAUUGUAAUUUGGACAUCAAUAAGUGAAGUUGGUUUGAUACACGUGCUGUUUUUUAUGCUCAUUAUUCCAUUACAGAGAGUUACAAUUUGGGUCAACCGAUAGCCAUGAAACGGAAAAAAAAAAUUCGGGGGUAAAAAUUGAAAUGUAACCCUCAGUCGUAAAAAAAGUUAACCGUAAGAAAUAUUUCUGGUGAUAUAAACGAAAUGAUGUUAACCGUUCGUUGUAAAGUAGCCAACAUUCUGACCGUUAGCCGUAAAAGCUAUCGCGUUCGGAUAAGGGGUGCUCAAAAAUUUCAUUUAUUUACUUUGUAGUUCCAUAAUUGUUAUUUUACAUAGGAACUACACAGUGAUCAUCAUUAUCAUCUACCGUACUAUACAAUAAAGAAGUGAUCCAGUUGCAAACCUUCUUCUGAGGUGGACUUGAAUUAAGGGAGCAUGCCAUCUUUGAUGUCCAUCGCAUAUUUAUACGGAGUAACUAUGAAAUUCUCUACAUGAAAUUCUCUAAUGAAACUCUCUACAUUUUCGUUUUGUGAAAUCGACGUUCUAGUAAAGACCUUGUUAUUGCGAAGACGAGACGACUACUCAUAAACUCAACUCAACCCUUUAGUCUCUACCUCGUGGUCCCCCUACAUACCAUAAUCCUUUAGACUAGUGUCCAAUCUCCUAACA